AGACGCAAACGCAGUAAUAAGUUGUACCCAGAAGGUGGCAGCAGUGCGACAUACCGGAUACCGGCUGCCGUUAAACACCAACGAAGAAGAAGAAGAAAGGAAGAAAAAUAAGAAACACGAAACACUACCGGUUUUUCGUGGCAACAGCAGUGAGAUUGAUCAACAGAGUUGCAGUGUGUUUCAUAAAGAGCCAGUGAUUCUGCACACCAGAGACAACAUGGAAACUACAGCAGCAGCAUGGUCAUUGAUGUAGUCGAGCCUUGCAGUUGAGAUGAGUGAUCAGAAAAAUGGCGGUGACCACGAGGACGACUUAGACGAGCUGUCUGCCAGUGAUGAAUCUGAGCCUGAAGGAGGACUCAGCAGUGCUCCGUUUGACCCCGAGCUGGACGAUGAUAGUGAUGAUGAUGGCGGGGAGGUUGCGCUCUGUGCUCCCCCUGCUGGACGCCUCGCUCAGAGUCCAUUCAGUCUGAGAGGAGGGGGCUCUGCGUUCUCCAACCGCAGCCACAGCAUCUUUGAAUGUCUGGACAGUGUGGCCCGCCUUGCAUCCUCUUCCUCCUCCUCCUCCUCUCAGAACCACCGCCCCGUUUCAGAUGGAGUGUUCGCCCGCCCUCUGCCUCCACCUCCCAGCAGGAAGACAAGCCAGCCUGCGCCCAGCUCCCCCACACCAGCGAAGAAGAGAGGAGUCCCCGACUACCUGGUGCACCCCGAGCGUUGGACCCGCUACAACCUGGAGGAUGUGACGGAGACCAGCGAGCAGGGCAACACCCGGGCCGCUCACAACUUCCUGUCCAGCCUGCAGCCGAGGAAGGAGCAGCAGGAGAGCGCUGGGGACUCCGCCACAAACCUCCAGCACAAGAUGAUCUUCUCCAGACCCAGCGGGCUGAAGGAACAACCUGAAGAUCCACCAUCAGCUGCUACAGGCAGAGACAAGGAGGCACGCCUCAGGCUCCUGGAGGAGGAGGAGGAGGAGGAGGAGGAGAGCCGGAAGAAGGACACACGCCUCAGUCAUUUGGAAGAGGAGGAGGAUGAGGAGGAAGAGGAAGAGGAGGACAACGUGGAAGAGAAAGAAAUUGCUGAAGCAAGGAGAACAGAGCAGAGAGGAGGAAAAUCUGAGGAAAAAGACACAAGGGCAGCUAUGGGGGGGGCAGAGGAGAAGAAGAAGGUGCAGAAAGGUGUGCAGGAAGGGGAGGCCGUCCCCUCCUUCAAGAAGACCAAGCGUAAGAACUACAGGAAGAGCUCAGGACAGGAGGACAACUGACUCCGUUCAUCGUUCAUUUAAAUGUGCUGACAUCCCUCAGACCAGCUCAGCCCACACUGACCAUCUGUUGACAUGACAUCAGGCCUAGCUUACCACUCAGUAAAGGGCUACUUUUACACCCAAGGCUGAGGAGAGUUUAUUUCAUUUCCUGGCUUCAUGUUGUUCCAUGUUGUGUUCCAAUGUAAAGUGUUGUCUGUUAAAGAGUCAGAUGGAGUUGUUAGCAUCCACUCGUUAGCCUCAGCGACGCUAGCGCUAACGGUGAGGCGCUGUCUCUGACGUCCAGGAAUCAUCGUGACUGUAUCAUAUUAACUGUUGUAUGUGCUGAAAAUUAAAGACGAACAGGUUAGCAACAGUAAGUAGGGGCAACGACAAGAAGUCUUUUUAAAACAUAAUGAGAGGGGUGGGUUUAAACUUGAGGGCUGAACUGGGGAGGGAAUUAGAAUCAGUGUUGGUCUUUAUUCUUAUUUGAUUUACAUUUCUUGUUGCAUGAUCUGUAUUUUGGAAUAGUCUUAAAUAAAAAUAUUGAUUUGUA